UUUUUCGUCAGUGCAGGCUGCUACACACUAAUAAGAGGACGUCAACUACAUUUGACUUAGGUAAGUUUGUUUUUCACAACUUGUGGCGGGUUUCCUUGGAUUUCAAGCGCAGAUAGAAUAGAAAAGACAGUCUUGAAGCUGUUUCUCCAAAUCAAAUCAACAGAAACUAAUUAAAAACGUUAAUGAAUCAAACGGUUAAUUUUCAGACCGAUCCUUUAUCCCAAUAGCUCAACAACAGAACAGUUUUGGGGGAGUAAACAAUCCCUUUGGGAAUCAAACCCGUAUUGGACCUUUUCUCAGACAUAAAACGACAGUCUUUUUAUUGCGAGACAUUUGACUGAAAUUAAGAAGUUUGAAUUUAAGUUGUAAUCCCCCAAAAGAAAUUCCACUAGAGGGUUUUGUGCAUCUCGGUUUUGCUGCUGUUUUAGCUUGCAUUUCUUCGUAUGUAGCUUUCGACCGCUUUUGAUUAUAUAAAGCCAAAUUAAGGUAAAAGGGAUAAGUAAAGUAAUUUGGUAAAAAUAUACAGUUAUGUAGUUGAAAAAAGAAAUGAAACUAACAAGGGAAAAGCCUUAAAUUGUUAAAGCAUAUCUAACAUUCGAAAGAACUGCUCUUUCCCAUUUUCAAUAAAAAAAAACCAUUCCUAAGAAGCUUUCACAAGUAAACACUGCUUUCCAAUUUAAACUUAAUAACUUCAUCUACACGUAGAAAAGAAGGUCACUCUUGUACCGACCGUAAACGUUCAUUCCUUAAACCGCAUUAAAAAUUACCAUAUAAACAGCUUUAUUAUAUUACUUCACUUAUUUACGAUCUAUUGGAAUAUUCUAAUAAUAUUUUUUAAAAAAUGAUACUCGCGAAAAAGAGCUUCCAAAUUUGGGCUUACAUGUAAUCAAGUACGCACAAAAAUGCAUGUAUGACGUAAAAAAAGCCUCGAGGCUCAAUCUUUCCCUUGGGGCCUGUCAUACUUUGUUUAACGUGAAUUAGGCUAUCCUACUGGAAUUAGUAGAAUCUAACGUAAAGUUUUCCAUCAGAUGUAAAAUCGCGUUGCAAGGCCUGCCUUUGAAAAUGCAAAAUGACGGUUCAACAAUGAAUAUCUCAAUUUUCUUUAUCCACUUUAGCCAGAACAAUCAUUUGACCGCCAUGAACAAGCUAUUGGUUAUAACACUGGUAAUUUCACUGCUCGCUGGAACAUUCAUCCAUUCGGGAGAAGCGCUUAUCCGUGCAGGAAGAAAUAUGGUUCCUUAUCCGCUCGAUGGAAGAGACACUGACAAUAUGUACCACUUAUACAAUCGAGAAGAAAGUCCUCGAUAUUUCAAAAGAGGUAAAUGAAGGACAGUUCAUUCUCUAUGGUUAGCGAUCAUGGGGAGAUACCCUUCUGAUUAUUAAACAAAUACUUCCUGCAUUUUACCUAUUUCAUUACCAUAUUAGUUAAAGCAGACUGUCACUACAGUCAGUAAGCCAUUCACUUCCAUCCAAUAAAUCAAUCAAUCAAUCAAUCAAUCAAUCAAUCAACCAAUCAACUAUUCUUACAUUUUUGUAGCAUUUUAGACACAUUGGGAGCCCUUAGACAUGAUGGGAAGAGGAAAGGCGCAGAACUGGGUUUAAGACAUUUUAGUUGAUACUAUAUUUUCUCUUCACCUGUUGUACGUAGAAACAAUGGAAACAAGUUCAUUCGUGCCUUCCUUCAUUCAUCCAGUCAAUCAAUCAAUCAAUCAAUCAAUCAAUCAAUCAAUCAUUUUUACAGCUUUUUCAUUCAUUUUUCCAUAGCUCACACCUCAGGGGCCCUUUGACAUAAUUUAAUUAAGGGUUGAAUGUUUUAUUAAUAUCUUAUUUUCUCUUGAUCUAUUUCAGAUAGAACGGAAAGGCGAGGAAUUAAAGCAUAAGCGCUAUACUGAGAACCCUCUAAAAAUCAUUUACAAAGAGAAGAAAAGAAUAGGAAAUUAACCAGAAAGCAUUUAAUGCUUAGAUGAAGUAGUUAUUUAUAAUUAUUCAUGUAUUUGAUGACGAUAAAGCCAGAAAUAAAUUGAGUUGAUGUUAUCAUACCAAGCACUAACGAAAAUAAAACAUUUGACGCGUGAGC